GGGCGUAAUCAGGCAUAUGCAACAGAUAGCCGGUUAGUUAAGCGGUGGGGGGAAAGGAAAAGAGCGAGCGUUGAAAGUUUUGGGACCGCGAUUGACGCUUUCCAAAAAGUUCAUCUCGUUAUGAACAGCUUCCGCUGGCAUUACUCGAUAUUUAAGAGAUAUGUGAGCCUUGUGUAAACUGUGUUGGAGUCUAGCAGAACAUCGGCGAAGAAAACCGUAAAGAAAUGAACUUCAAACCAAAAGCCAUCAGUGCGUAAGAGGCAAUCACCAUGGCAACACAGUUCAAUAUUGACGACGCCUUCGUGUUGGAGGUGGAUGAGGAAGGAUCCUUGUCUGGGGUGGACGCCGAAGGAUGGCCGUCUCGGGACAAGGACAGAGAAGCGGAGCUGACGUUUGGCCCUCUGACUUUUUCAAAGCCUCAGCCUCAUCCCUCACCCGCUUUGCUUGCCUCACCCGAGCACAGUAACCUCAAGUAUCAGAAUCUGGAAAAUGAAGACCCGCUUAACAACAAUGGCAAUUCCUCUUUUAACAACUUCUUUAAAAUCAGUGACCCCGCCACUCUGUCUUACUGCAGCUCUCAGUGGUCCUUCAGCACCUUGAGUUCUGUUACGCAACUUUCAGCGCAUUGUUGUGGGUGGGUGUCACAUCCGCUGGUGAAGAAAAACAGAAGAGUUGUCCUUGCUUCCUUUCUACUCCUCUUCACUGGAGUUGCCCUUAUUUUCACUGGGGUUGUCAUACAGCUGAAUCCAAAUGCAGGCGUUUCAAGUGCUAUCUUCUUUGUUCCUGGAUUCCUGCUCUUCAUCCCUGGAGUGUAUCAUGUGAUAUACAUCAGCUGUGCUGUUCGCGGAAGACGAGGCUUCAAGUUGUUCUACUUGCCUUAUUUUGAAAAAUGACCUCUCACCAAACACUACAUGAACCACUUUGGCUUUGUUCUGCCGCCAGUACAUUGGCAACUUAACACAUUGUGUUGUUUUUCUUGUUGUGAUGACCACUGAAAAUUCAAAUCGUUCAUUUUGUUUACUUGUUCCACUACAUUAAAGUAUCUUUGUACGUUCAUGGACAUAUUGUGGAGUAUGUGAAUAUGCCUACUGACUGUGAAAUAAUAAAAACAUUUGUUAUGUUUUCCUCUUUAUGCAUACGUUACUGUGAAUAAAAAAGCAUCAAUACA